AUGCGUCACCCGCUUCGGGACCUUCCGAGCCUGCUGGUCAGGCUCGGUGCCAUUCCCAAGCCUGUGGACCAAGGCAGCUUCUCCUGGGAGUGGGAGGAGUGGCCUCGGGGCGAUGAAGCUGCUGCGAAGCUUCCUGAUGACCCGAGCGCGAAAUUCUUUCAGCUGGGAAUCGUGGAGGAAGCGAGUGGGACAGCAGGGGAGCAUGGGGCAGGAGGAGAGACGGGCGGACAGAAUCUAUCUGGGCAGGGGUCAAGUGCAGGAGGCAAGACUGGGACCGUGAGGGGGGAGGGAGGAGACAAAGGGAGGGGCAAGCGGGAGGGGAGGACCAGAGGGCGUGGGGGAGAAGAGAGGGUUCGAGGUGUGGAGUGUGACUUAGACGAGAGGCUGCUGCAGCAGCUGCUAACAAAGCUGCUGCCGCUAGUGCAGAGGCAAUACCCCAUCGUUCGCUGCACUGCCGAUGCCGAGUUUGUAGUGGAAUUUGCCGAGCAUCUGGUCAAGCCACCUGCAUGCACUCACUGCAAGCCCUGCCUUGCUGUCUACAGCCGUAGCAUCCCCUUCCUCACGCUCAUCGCCAACUACGCCUACCGACCUGCCUCCAUCCUUUUCAACCGCUUUGUAUCCAUCUUCCCGCCUCUCUCUCCCGAAUUCGACCGGGUCGCUGCUCGUAUGGGCGUGCCGCCUUUCCCUGCCAGCGUGCCUGGCUUUCUAAGGUCGGCUCUGCUGCAGACGCAGGCAGAGCUGGAUCCUGUGCUCUUCCUCUUGGCCGUGGCUCCUAAAUGGGCCGCUCCCAUCCUGGGAAUCACCGACCGGAAGGACCUACACAGGCUGCGAGACGGAGAGGAAGCGGACGGGAGGGUGUGGGAGGAGGUGCGGAUGUGGUGGCUGGCGGUGGAGUUUGCAUGGCAGGGCAGCAUGCAGCGCGAGGCCGAGGCAUUGAGUGACACGUGCCAGGGAGGAAAGGAGCGGGCCGGAAGGGAUGGAGCGCAGGGAGAGGAGGUUACGAGUGACAAGUGGCGUGAGCUGUGGAAAAGGGCUGCCAAACCCAGGUUCUGUGAAGACAUUGAAAGCGAGAGGUGGGUUUCUGAAAUUACCGGUGGGAGCAGCAACCGCAGCGACGACAGCUUCGGAAGCAGCAGCUGUAGUCGCGGAAAUGACAGUAACAGUGGGAAUCGAUGGACUAGGGGGGAUGAUGGCAAGGGCAAGCAGGGGAUGAUGCCGUCCUACUCCUGCCGUCCUACUACUGCCGUCCUACUACUGCCGUCCUACUACUGCCGUCCUACUACUGCCGUCCUACUACUGCCGUCCUACUACUGCCGUCCUACUACUGCCGUCCUACUACUGCCGUCCUACUACUGCCGUCCUACUACUGCCGUCCUACUACUGCCGUCCUACUCCUGCCGUCCUACUACUGCCGUCCUACUACUGCCGUCCUACUACUGCCGUCCUACUACUGCCGUCCUACUACUGCCGUCCUACUACUGCCGUCCUACUACUGCCGUCCUACUCCUGCCGUCCUACUACUGCCGUCCUACUACUGCCGUCCUACUCCUGCCGUCCUGCUCCCGCCGUCCUUCCGUCGUCCCUACUUCCGCGGUCCCUCCUUCCCACACCCCCCCAUCGCCUCACCUCCACGCCCAUAUCGACCUCCACACUUCCAAUUUGAACCGCUCCUCACCGAACACCACCGUCAUCUCUCGCGUCGCCAUCGCCGGUAGCACGAACACCCGCCGGGCUGAACGGGCCACGUGGCGCACCCACAACUUCGAAACUCAUGGACGCCGAUUCUGGCUUUCCCCGCUGUUGGUCCAGGCAGUCAACGGACCCUGA